CAGGUAGCAUGACCUCAUAGUUGCCACCAUUCACGUUACUUCCUCAGGAUCCAGUAAAUCUACUGCCAGUUCAGGUUCAGAUAUGUCCAGUUCAGAAGAAGUAUCCUGGAUAAAUUGGUUCUGUGGCCUGCGAGGUAAUGAGUAUUUCUGUGAGGUUGACGAGGAUUACAUCCAGGACAAAUUUAACCUCACCGGUUUAUCGGACAUGAUUCCUCAUUAUAAAAAGGCGCUAGAUAUGAUACUGGAUCUAGAACCAGACGAUGAUGGGGAUGAUGCGCAAGGUCAGAACGACUUAGUAGAACAAGCUGCGGAGAUGUUGUACGGACUGAUACACGCACGUUACAUUCUUACUAACAGAGGGCUGGCUAUGAUGCUUGAGAAGUACCAGAAUUCUGAGUUCGGGACUUGUAUCAGAGUAUUUUGUGAGAACCAACUAAUGUUACCUAUAGGACUCUCUGACAACCCUGGUGAAAGUAUGGUGAAGCUGUAUUGUCCAAAAUGUCAAGAUGUCUAUGUUCCUAAAUCAUCCAGAUAUCAUCAUAUAGAUGGAGCCUAUUUUGGUACAAGUUUUCCUCACAUGCUGUUUAUGGUCCAUCCAGAAUAUCGACCUAAACCUUCCCCUAGCUCAUUUAUACCAAGAUUGUACGGAUUUAAAAUCCAUCCUCUGGCAUAUCAGCUACAGGUUGAAGCAUCUGUUCAUUGGAAAGAAUCAAGAAAGAGGGCGUAAAGAAGAUGAAACGAAUGGUGGCAACAGAAGUAUCGAAUUUUUUAAAUAUAACGUAAUAGCGAACUGGCAGCCAGAAUUGCUCUGGUCAUAGACGGUAGACUCUGAGCCGAUUUCAAAUGUUUGAAAUUCCUCCACAAUAUUAUUAAUUCGAUGCGCCAUCCUUGGAGUGCUAUAUAAUUUGUUUUUAGAAGCUUUCUCGUCAAAGAAAUUUCAUAUAGCAGUUGAAUAAUGUUCUAUACAUAGUUUACCCUUUUGUCAUGUCAUAUACCGCAGUUAUAUAUAUGUAUAUUUUAUAAGCAUUUUCGAAGCUGGAUUUCGGCGUUACAGUCUAACCUACGUUUUCUAACUGUCUUACGUUUCUUCCUCGGGUAGUUCACGCUGUUACUUUCAGAAUCAAAGUAAGGACAACACUAGUAAAUGUAAUUGCACUUGUAGUCAUAAUAUAUAAUGCACUCUCUUGCGUUGACCAACCUUCAACUUCGUGAUAUUGGGGAGAUGUUCUUUGUGCCGAAUACAUACUAUCAGUCUCCUCUCAGUGUAUCCUUCAGACCCAGAACUACACUGAAAAUACACCACGUUAACCUUGAAGUAAGGUUCUUUCAUUCAAAUUUCUGAUUGUUUCUGAAUAGACUCAGUGCAGACAGAUUUUAAUGGAAAUAAAUUAGAAUCUGUCUAAAUUAGAAUCUGUCUUCACUGAGUCUAUUCAGAAACAAUCAGAAAUUUGAAUGAAAGAGCUAUAAAAUCAUGAGACUCUUAUAAUACUACACGAAUCCACCAGAUUACUUGAAGUAAAGGUUAAUCUGGUGUGGUGUGACUUAUUAUAGAUGUUGGCUGAAUGUUUACCCUGAAGCGGGGUUGUCUUGUUAAAUAGGUUGGCUCUGUCAAAACUUGUUCCGUGUGUAGCGCGAACAUGAACCUUUGUGUAUUAGAUUUAAUUGUCAUUCGUACCAAUCUUAUUACAAGUUUAUAAGCAA